UAGCUAGACAGACUGUCGAAUUUAUUUUUUAUCAAUUAAACGGUGGCUCGCUAACUGAGAGGAUCCGUGCCGCUCACUCGAUUGCAAAAUACCUUCACCUCCCGGAUCUGAGGCCAGCGAGGGCUUCGUACCCCACGAUUAAACAUGAUCGCGAACGACCGUUGGUCGUUAUCCUUUAUUCACGUAAGUUUUAUGUAGAAAGUGCUCUCGGUUCAUUGUUAGACGCCUGACGUCAUGGUUAGGAAUGUGGCAGCUAAUUAGCCAACCUGCUAACCUGCAGUAGAUCACACUGGCUACGGACGCACGUAUACCUAAAGAAACACUUCUAUCAGCAUUAUCUGUGUUUUUACAUAGUUACGCGAUAGACUACAAUACUGAUUUACCGAAUCUGCUGCCAUUUUGAAUGUACGCAUACUGUUGUUGAAAGUAACUCAGCGGUAUUCCCCUUCAUUCCCACAGUUCCGUGUAUGAUGUAACCAACCUGAUGUGAUUCAAAACAACACGCUUGACACUGCCCGGCUUUUAAAUGAUCGCUGCUAAACUUAAAAUUGCUUUACAGUAGCUUCACUAUUCUGAUGUUUGUUUAAAAUGUUAACUUUAGCUCGACAUAGUUCUGCAUGACUACGGAGUUUCCCUUCUCCAGUGUACAAAGAAGCGGGUGGGAGCGCAAGCGAUGAUGCAACCGCGGGCAACAUUUGAGCUCUCGCUCAUAGGAGAGAAAGAAAAUUUGCCACAUAUGCACAUUGACAUGGCAGCACGCUCGGAUUACAACAACAUAAUGUUAACGGAUGAGCAUAAGCGGUUGACCCGACUUUUAGGUGUUGCAGCAUUUUGCUGAAAUAAUGCAUUUCUGCGCGGUGCAUCUGUUCAGGCACACGGUUGCAUUUUGGGGCAUUCAGGUUCUCAUAAUUUUAGAUAACACCAACUUCAGCUCUGCGAAGCCCGACAACUUAGGUCGGAGAGGGAGAGAGAAAGACAGUGGAAGUGGAUCCAAAUGAGCAAGCAGUUGCAACAGAAGAUAUCCAGCACAGAUCAGAACGGCGUUAGUGUUAUACAGAAUCAGCCACAUAAUAGUGCACUGAACCCCGCAGGAGCUGCAGGACUACAGCAGGUUCCUCAAUUAGUCCCCGUGAGUCCCGGAGGUGGGGGUAAGGCCACACAGCCCAGCAAGAUGAAGAAGUCCAUUAUGGAUAAAAACAGCGACGAGUACCGCCAACGGAGAGAACGCAACAACCUGGCCGUAAAGAAGAGCCGCAUGCGCAGCAAGCAGAAGGCACAGGACACGCAACAGCGUGUCAAUGAGCUCAAGGAGGAGAACGAGAGACUGGAGGCCAAAAUCAAAUUGCUUAGCAAAGAACUGAGUGUGCUCAAAGACCUGUUUCUAGAGCAUGCUCACAACCUCGCAGACAACGUGCAGCCCCCUGCUUCUGGUGGAGGCCCGGGAGACCUCUGCAACAACAACAACAACAACAACAGCGGCAAUAACAGCAGCCAGUGAGGGCCUGAUGUUGGUUUGCAGUGUGCUAUGCUGUGGGCUGUGUGGAGGCUCUCUAGGCAAAUCAUUUUACUUAAUCGUAUUAUGCUUUUCUUCCCUCCCGAUCCUGGAAUGUGUACUGUCCGAAGUGUUUAACUUGUGCGUCUUCAGUUUGUACACUCAAAUUCGGGUUUUUUUUCCACUCGUAUUAUCUCAUGCAGAAUGUUACGAUCACCAUAGCAACCCAGAAACUCCAACCCACGCUUUGAUUUGAUGUGCUGGAGAUAACUUUAAUAACCGCCUUCCGUUUGUGAAGCAGCAUGUUUCAGUGUCUUGAAACUUGAAAGCUUUUUCAAUAGACAAUUUUGAAAUCUGGCCAAAGCAGGUCUUUUAACAGUAAAUAUAAGAAUAGUAAAUGUGCUCGCUCAAUCCACUCUAAUGUCUAAAGAAAGGAUUCAGAAAUUGAACUAAUAGACCGUACUGCAGUCAGUUAUUAUGACUUGGAAUUAGGGCUACCAAAAAUGAUGUAAGGAUGUCUCCAAGUGCACCUAUUUUGUAUUCCUGCUUUUUUGCCUGUCAGCUUGAGUUGAUUCAAACUCUUAUUUGUUGACCAUGUCUUAUUAUAGCAAAUACACUGUUGUAUCUAUGGUAACAGACUCAAGACAGACUAAACGUAUUGCAUCAGACUCCAGACAGUGUCUGCAUUACCAGUAGUCCUCAAAUCCCUACAGUUAAUCCUUCAAUUUCGACAAGGGUGGAGAAGAACAGAUGGAAUAGAAAAUUAGCUCUAGUGUACAUGUUAAGGUUUUGGUAGGUAAUUAGGUAAACAAACUUAUUUCAUAACAGUAACUCCUCUGUCUUUGUAUAUACUGUUAACAUUCAGAAUGACUGGUACCUAGACUGGUGCUGAUCACUGAAAGUCAUCAAUCACCUGACGUGCCCUAAAUUGAUUAAAUCAUGAGUUACGCUGAAAAAUUUCUUUGUCAGAAUAAGCUCUGUAUCUGACUGUGUCAAAUUUCGGCCAUUUUGUUUCCCUGAUCAAUCUCAGAGCAGUAUGUGUGAAUGUACAUCUGCGGUAGCAGGUGUUAUUUAAAGUUAUUGGAGCAGCCACAUGACCUUUGCCCUCAUUGAGUCUCAUAGAGCUAUGUGUUCUUGGAGUCGCUGUAGAUAGACUUUUGUACCUCAGGCUAUAUGUCAUAGCCUCACCAGACAGCCUUUAAGAUCUAUAUUCCUGUUGAGGAGGAGGAUAAGAAAAGACAAGGCAAUCUUGUAAGAUGUCUGAAGCAUCUUUAAUUCUACUGUAUAUUUUCAUUUUCUAUAUCUGAAGUUUUAAACAUUUAAAAUAAGCAUGGAAGGCAAUGCAUGAUUAGCACUAUUUAAACAACUAAUUAAAAGUUAUGCUCUAUAGAGGAAUAGCGAAACGGCGACUGCGUACCUUUUGUAUUGUUGUAUCAGGCUGGGCUAAAAUAAAGCUAUUGUGUAAAAGUUCUUAAAAACGAGACUAAAGUCAAUAUUUCAUGAAUAUUUGAUUGGCACAUUUUGCUUAAGUAUGAGGGUUGCUGGGCAACUUGCUUUUUUACAUAAUGUAUACUGGGUUUUUGUGCAUUGUAAAUUAAAAUUGAAUACAAAAUACA